CGAGCGUUCGAAGAACAAAGAAACAAUCAAAAAUCUUCAAAACGAAGUCAUUUUAUUAAAAGCGGAAUCUGCUCAAUUGGAGAUAGAAAAGUUAACUAUCGAGCUAAACAAGAAAGACAUAUUAUAUCAAAUUCUUAAUCGGAACUUGGAAAACGAGCGUUCGAAGAGCAAAGAAACAAUAGAAAAUCUUCAAAACGAAGUCAUUUCUUUAAAAGCGGAAUCGACUCAAUUGGAAUCUGAGAUAGAAAAGUUCAAUGAAGAGUAUAAAAAGUUAACUAUCGAAAUAAACAAUAAAGACACAUUCUAUCAAAUUCUUAAUCGGGAAAGCGAGCGUUUGAAGAACAAAGAAACAAUUGAAAAUCUUCAAAAUGAAGUCAUUUCUUUAAAAGCGGAAUCGGCUAAAUUGGAAUCUGAGAUAGAAAAGUUCAAUCAAAAGUAUAAAAAGUUAACUAUCGAAAUAAACAAGAAAGACACGUUGUAUCAAAACUGGGAAAGCGAGCGUUUGAAGAACAAAGAAACAAUUGAAAAUCUUCAAAGUGAAGUCGUUUUUUUAAAAGCAGAAUCAGCUCAAUUUCAACCUGCUCUUGGGGGCGCUAAAAAUGUUCGUUGGGAUGAAGAUGUUAAUAAUUCUGUCAAUUUCAAUAAAGAUAUCAAGGAACUUCAAAAUUCUUUAUGUGAAUUUACCCAACUCAAAGUCAAGGCAUAUAUCGUAAAAGAAAGUGGUGUAAAGCAACUCUUUAACAAAUAUAAUUCAAAAGCGAAUAUUGAACAUAAACCAUCGAUAAGUGCCGCUUUGCAACGAUUGACUAUUGAAACUAUCCUUAACGACUAUGCUAAAUAUAUAAAUACACGUAGCUCAACAAAAUCUAAUGCAGAAGAUAAUUCAUUGGAACGUCAACUCUUAAUCUAUAAUGAAACAAUUACAAAAAUCAUUGAAAAUUUUGCUGAAACUCGUGCUAAAAAUGAUGAAAUGGUUAGAAUAACUGGAAUCAAAAUUCGCCAAGCAGUUUACGCGAUGUUAGGAAAUAGUGGUUUCGGGAAAAAAAACCACCGAUUUUUCGCCGCGGCAAAAUAUAAUCUCCUCAAUACAUUGACGUAUUGUCGAACAAUCGUACCUUAUGAGAAACGUAAAGAACAAGAAGAACGCGCGGGAGAUAUUAUACUUAGUGUUACUCGUAUUUUCAUGUUUCGUCUUUUGGCCCAUGAACCGAUUGCUACUAUUCGGUGGUUCGAAAAUGGAGAUCAAUUAAAUGAAAACUUGAUGGAAUGGGUUUCGAACGGUGAAGAUGUUUCGGACAUGGUUGUCGAUAUCUGUGCAUUUCCAGCAAUCGGUGUCAACCUUGAGGAUCCCGAAAAACGGCAAAUAUAUAUAAAAGCCAAGGUAGUAAUUUGCAAUAAAUUAGAUCUCAUUGGACAAUUGUUGUACACGUAUUCCAAAAUGGUGAAAAAAUCUAUAUUCUAA